AUGCUGGUAAAGUCAACAAAGAAAGAGGACCACAUUAGCCAUCUGCGAGAGGCCUUUGGGAUAUUGAGACAGUAUGGGAUGAAGCUAAAUCCCGAGAAAUACGCCUUCGGUGUAACCUCGAGGAAAUUCCUCGGCUUCCUCGUGUCACAACAUGGAAUUGAAGUCAACCCGGACCAGAUCAAAGCCAUCGACGCAAUACCAGAGGUGCUGACCAGCAAGAAACAGGUGCAGAAGCUAACCGGGCGAAUAGCCACCCUGUCAAGGUUCAUUUCACGAUCCUCGGACAGGUCCCACAAGUUCUUCAACGUAUUGAGAAAAGACCACGGGUUGCAAUGGAAUGAGGAUUGCGUUAACGCCCUAAGGAAGUUAAAGGCGUAUCUGUCCUCACCGCCACUGCUCGUCAAAGCGGACCCGGGUGAGUGUCUGCUCGUGUAUUUGGCAGUAUCCGAGGUCGCAGUCAGCGCGGUACUAGUCCGUGAAAACCAAGAUGCUAAGACAAGGUACCCUCACCUUGAAAAGCUAGCUCUGGCACUGGUCGUGGCUUCACGUAAGCUUAGACCCCGUGAACCGCCAUCAAGAGAUUUCGUCGCUGACUUCAGCGAGGAAAUAUUGCCCGAGGCGGAACAAGAAGCGCUCCGCGCUUCCACACUUAUCGAUCUCUGGGUCCUUUACACCGACGGCGCCUCGAACGCCUCGGGAUUGGGACUGGGACUCGUCCUCGAAGUCCCUACAGGCGAAAUAGUUCGUCAGUCCAUACGAUGCGCCGAGAUGACUAAUAACGAGGCCGAGUAUGAAGCUGUGAUUGCAGGUUUGAAGUUGGCCCUCAAAUACGGUGCCCGAAGACUCAUCCUCCAUUGCGACUCUCAACUCAUUGUGAAUCAAGUCACCGGGACUUUCCAAAUCAAAGAGCAGAGACUACAAAAAUAUCAAUCGAAAAUCCACAAACUAAUGCCGGAGUUUGACGAAUGCCGCCUCGAGCAAAUUCCCAGGGCACAGAACAUUGAAGCGGACGACCUCGCCAAAUUAGCCGCGGCCACUAAGAACCUCAACAAAGAAAAUAUGGAUGGAAUACUACCGCAAGACAAGAAAGAAGCCAAAAAACUCAGGGUGCAGGCAGCCCGGUACAACCUAAUAAAUCAUGACCUCUACAAGAGAACAUUCGGUGGCCCCCUAGCCAAAUGUCUCGGACCACAUCAGACAAGGCAAGUACUAGAAGAAGUACGCGAGGGUCACUGCGGCGCCCACACGGUACGUGCCCUCGUUCGAUGCCUCAUCCGUGCCAGCUACUACUGGCCUACCAUGAAAAAAGAAGCCGCAGAUUACGUCCGAAUAUGCGAACAAUGCCAAAAAUACGCCCCUAUGAUACAUCAAGCAAGAGAAUGCCUUCAUUCUGUUACCUCGCCAUGGCCCUUCAUAAAAUGGGGAAUGGAUAUAGUCGAUCCUCUGCCAGCAGGACGAUGA